AUGGCCGAGGAUCAACCAGAUUCGAAAGUAGUUCAGAGGUUACGCGGGCUGCUCCAAGAACGCUCUGCCUCAGAGGACGAAGAGGUUGAGGACUUACUCCCCAAUCAGUAUAAAUUGGGGUCUACAGGCUUCACGGUAGGCCUAGAAUCCAAUGGCUCUGCUUUGAAUGCCAGUGGUUCGCUGGAGGACAUUUUACGCCUCGAUCCCCAAGCGAAAGGGAAGGUUCCCGAAGCUAUCAGCCUACCGGAGUCCGAAUCUUGUUAUUCAGCAUCUGACGAAGCAAGCGCCCGAGAUAGCGACAAUGAGGUUGGGCGCUCAUUGUAUGCAUUGCAAGGGUUUGACGCACCUCUUAUCCCCUCUGCUGUUAGACUGCCAUCGUCCGAGAAUUUGUCAAUGGCCAGACAGCCCAAGAGGAAGAAAGAAGAAGAAAAAAAGGCACCUCAACCCUUCAGUUAUAGAAAGGUAAUUCAAAAUGCGGGCAAGGCGCUGGAUCAUAUCGCAAACGGGAACUUGCAGGCAGUAUCCCGCCAUGAUAGAGUAUCAAUCUUUUACUACGAUUACCUUCGCGAUGAAUCUGUCUACUCACAGUCUAUUGAGGAUGCCCGGGAACUACCGUCAUUAGGAGACAGGACCGAUAUACGACAAAGGCUGAUCUUAGUGGAGGAUCUUUCUGAAAGAACGAUCGAAGUUCUGGGAAGAAGAUUCGGAAUAAAUCCAGAAUUCUUCGAGGAGCACCUACUAAAUUCCGGAUAUUCUGGAGCGAAGUUUGAUCAGCCAUUAUCCAAGGCAUGGAGGACGGCCUCGCUACCGAAGUCUUAUGUCUGCAUGAAGUGGUUCCGACCCGUUUGGAAAACACCUACAUACUUCUCCAAUCGUGACAUGCCAGAUCUUCUCCGAGACAAAACAGAGCAUUUCACGCACCGUGGUAAAUUUACCACCAGAGCCGAAACAAACAUAUUCCGUUUGGAGUGGGACCUAUGGACUGAUCCAGCUAAGACAAUACGAGUGAGCAGAGAAUGUGGCUGGGAAGAGAAAGUAUCCAUCUGGAAAGGGAGUCUAUCCGAUCAGGAUUGUGAGAUUGUGAUUGUUCUCCUUGAUCCCCUACCUCAGAUUAGCGAGCAGCGGGGAUUGAUCAAGAAAGAAUCUCAUCAUCAGGCAGAGGGUUCCCAAGAAACAUCGCUUUUACUUCCCAAUCCAGGGGAUGACGGCGACAUUGAAGAGGCCCGUGCAAGUAUUUUCGGGACAAGCGAGGAUGGCCUGCCACGCCGUAUGAAUGAAAGGAGCACGUUCUCUGACCGUUGGCUACGUUUUCUUAUGCGACAAUCAAAAGGAAAACACGUCGAACAUGAUCCAAUACACAGGUGCAUCAUCGAGCAGAUGGCCCCGCGCAAGGAAAUGGAAGUUAACCUGGACCAAAUAUUCCGAAACGAAGAACCGACCAUGGACUUCCUCGCUUCAUUGAACCGGACCAAAUCUACACGCGAUGAGCUUUGCGAUGUGUUGGAGCCUGGCGUUGGUCACAUUAGCCUGACUUCUCCCUUGCUACAAAUAAUCUGCCGGGACAUGUUUACCCUCCUCAAACAAUUGAGCCGUACCCUUGAUGAAAUAGAUAUUGAAAUCAUUGAUGAUGCACGGAUGGAAGAUCGCCUUAUCCUAUGGCGCCAGAUUAUCAGUCGUGCUCAGCGGGAGCUACCUGAGUUCACUGCGUCUAUACAACCCCUUGUUGCUUUCGUGGCAAAUAUCGACCCCAGUGGUGCUUAUGAGGAGGGAUCACAGGAUGCAUCGAAUGAAAUAUUAAAUUUGAAGACUCUGUUGAAAGAAAUUCAGCAAAUGGUGGAGCGGUUACGAGUCACGUCGGUCUCUUUGACAUCAAAUAUGGCACUUCUUGAUAGUCGCAGAUCCAUCGCUGAAGCACAUGCCGUGACAAGACUUACUGAGCUGGCCUUCAUAUUCAUUCCUCUCUCGUUCGCAGCAACUGUCUUUGGAAUGCAAAUUGAACCUUUUUCCAAUCCAGUUCCUGCUAGUUAUUUCUUCGUUGUGGCUGUUGCAGCAACAAGUUUCUCAUACAUCAUGCGCCUUCUCAUGCGCAGUCAAUGGCUCACGCAGGUGAAGACAGACAUGAAAGUCAGCAUUAGAAAGUAUGCCGAGAAAAAUGGAAUUUCUAUCAAACCCCGAUCGCUUUCCGUGGGGCUGACCGUUCAAUGGAUGGUGAGCACAUUUUUCGCCAACUCUUUGAAAUAUGGGUCAGUCUGGGGAUCCUACUGGCAAUCCUUGUCCCUUUAG